UUGGUCCCAGUACCACGUUGCUUCCCUCUAAGGGGGCUGUCCAACCUUCUUGUGUUUCAGAUGGGAAACUGAGGCCUGGCCAGCUGAUGUUACCUACUCAUACCCCUGUACAUAGAGUAUGAGAUGGGGUGAGGUGGGGGCAUCCACUCCCAUGGGGUUCAGAGCAGGCUUUCUGGGAGAGGGACUUUAAAACUAGGCCGCAUGGGUGGGGUGGUUUGGGUAAAGAGAGACAUCAAGGGGAUGGGAAAAAAGGAUGAAACUGGCAUAGCAGAAGAGGCAUAUGUGGGCACCCGGACUCCUUGCUGCAAGAUCUAGAGUCCCUUCUGUGGCUCUGGAGGGGGUCAUACUGUUGGAAAAGGUAGGUCCAGAGGUGGAGGGACACCCAGGAGUCAGGAGCACCGUGCCCCCCACACAUACGGGCCAGUCCUGCCUGAGAAGCUGGGAGGAUGGGGGAUUAGGCAGACCCAGGGGAUGUCUGGCCACCAAACCCGGAAGGAGGAAGCUGUACAGGGUGUCUGUGGCUCUGCCGGGAUCCCCCAUGGGGACUUCCUCUUCCUCUCAGGGCAGGUGUAGCCGCCACAGCGGGACGACACUCUGACCCCGACAUGGAGGGGGGCCAGGGGCACAGACUUAGAGACUUUCUGAGAGGGAGCCUGGCCACCUGGGCGCUGGGACUCGCUGAGCUGGUGGGGGAAGCGGAGCCUUUGGGGACAGAGGAGGAAGAGGAACAGGGGCCUCUCGGUCUGGAGAAGAGGUUCCUGCGGCUCAGCAGUGGCGCCCUUCUCCUCCGGGUGCUGGGCAUCAUUGCCCCCAGUUCCCGAGGGGGACCUAGGAUGGCCAGCAGCCAUGAUGGACCUGAGGCCAACAGGGUGUGGAACCUGAGCCAGCUGUGGACCCGACUCAGGGACUUCUACCAGGAGGAGCUGCAGCUGCUGGUCUUGUUGCCACCCCCAGACCUCCAGACGCUGGGCUUUGACCCCCUUUCAGAGGAGGCGGUGGAGGGGCUGGAAGGCCUGCUUCGGUUGUUGCUGGGGGCAUCAGUGCAGUGUGAUCACCGGGAGCUCUUCAUCCGCCAUAUCCAGGGGCUGAGCCUUGAAGUUCAGAGCGAGCUGGCUGCUGCCAUCCAGGAGGUGACCCAGCCUGGGGCUGGUGUAGUGCUGACACUGGCUGGACCAGAGCCCGGGGAGCUGGCGCCUUUGGAGUUGGAGAUGCUGUCCCGGAGCUUAAUGGGGACACUAUCCAGGCUGGCCAGGGAGAGGGACCUGGGUGCUCAGAGAAUGGCGGACCUGCUACUGCAGCGAGAGCGGGUUCCCUUGUCGUCUGAGGCUCCUGCCAGGGUUCCCUCGGAGGGGCCAUCACACCACCUGGCACUGCAGCUGGCUAAUGCCAAGGCCCAACUGCGGCGCCUGAGGCAGGAGCUGGAGGAGAAGGCCGAGUUGCUGCUGGACUCUCAGGCUGAGGUGCAGGGCCUGGAGGCCGAAAUUCGAAGGCUCCGCCAAGAGGUGCAUUCAGAUGCCCCCCACGCCCGCCACUGCCCCCUAGGCGGUGUUCUGGGGACAGGCUAUCUUGAGGAGGCUGAGGGCGGACAGUGAGGGAGGCAGGGAGGGUCUUGGCCGGCCCAGGGCAAGGGGCUGGAACGGCCCGCAGGUUGCCUUACACCUCAGGCCAAGUUCUUCUUCCUGUUCUCCCACAAGGAGGAGCGCGCGCUCUCCGGGACCCUGGAGGCCUCGAAGGCUCUGCUGGAAGAGCAGCUGGAGGCUGCCCGAGAGCGCUGCGCCCGACUACACGAGGCCCAGCGCGAGAAUUUGCUGCUCCGCACACGGCUGGGCGAGGCGCAUGCGGAGCUGGACUCUCUACGGCAUCAGGUGAACCAGCUUGCAGAAGAGAACGUGGAGCUGGAGCUGGAGCUCUCCCGCAGUCUGGAGCCACCCCCAGACUCCCCUGCAGAGGCACCCCUGCCCAGAGCAGCCCCCUCGCUGCAGGAUGAGGUGAGGGAGGCAGAGGCAGGGCAGCUGCGGACCCUGGAGCGGGAGAAUCAGGAGCUUCGAGGCCUGCUUCAGGUGUUGCAGAGGCAGAGAGGUGGCCAGCUCCCCCUGCUGGAAGAGCAGAGCAGGGAGUCCGUGCUUCUGGUACUGGAUGGCUCUCCCGGGAUGCCCUUGGCCUCUGACCACAACCCCCAGGGCUUGGUUUGCCACGUGGUGGAACAAGACCCCCAGCAGGCUCCUCCGGCAUCAGACUCAGGCCUGGAGGGAUCAUCUGAGACUCCCCCAGCAUCUGAUUCACACCAAGAGGUGACAGAGAGGCCCUUCCAGGCAAUUGCUCCAGCCCCCCAGACCUCACACUUGAACCCCCAAGAGUCAGAUGCUGGCAUGAAGGCCCAGGGGUCCCUGGAGGGUACCUCUGGAGCCACUCUCCAAUCACCCACUUCUGUAGUCCCUCAUCAGGGUCCAGAGAUCAAAACUGAGAUGCAGCAGUUGCUGAAAGGAGGGACUGGGGAGAUGCAGCCUCCUCAAAAGAAGUUGAUGCCUGAAGCCCAGGGUCUAAGGAAGGAGGGUCCCAAGCACAAGCAGGGUUCCUCAGAGAUCAGCCUCUGUGUAUUGCUGGAGAAGCAGGAGACUGUGUGCCAGGGUCUGGACAAGUCCACCAGACGAACAGAGGCCCAAGGGCAUGGACAGAGGCUGGAGAGGAUGGUGACAGAACCAGUCCCUCCGUUACAACAGACCUCUGAAGGUGCCCCUGAUGUUGGAGCCUGGGAAGAGCCGAUCUCAGAGCAAGCCCUGGGUAGUGGUGUCUCAGAGCAAGACACCCUCAGGGAGGAGUUGGUGCAGCUAAGGACAGAGGCUACGGCCCUGGAGGCUGAGCUGGAGGCCCAGGCCCGAAGGCUAGAAGCCAGGGGUGCAGAGGUAGUCCGCCUCUCUGAGGAGCUGGCCCAUGCACGUAGGGCAGAGGCUGAGGCCCAUCAGGAGGUGGAGGCCCAGGCCCAGGAGCAGACUCGGCUGCGGGAAGCUGUGGAGGCAGCUGGCCGGGAGCUGGAGGCUGCAUCACGGGAGCGAGAGGCGCUGGCAGAGGCCCUGGCUGCAGCAGGUCGAGAGCGGAGGCAGUGGGAACGCGAGGGGCCCAGGCUUCGGGCUCGGGCAGAGGCUGCCGAGGAGCGGGUACAGGCACUCGAGAGCCAGGGCCAAGGCCACCUGGAGGAGGCCAAGCGGGAGCGCCAGGAGAAGCAGGCCCUCAGUGAGGAACUAGAGAAGGCCACGGUACGGGGCCAAGAGCUGGGGUCCCGGCUGGAGCAUCUGCAGCAGGAGCUGGAGCAGGCAGCCCAAGAGCGCCAGAAGUUUCUUCAGGAACAAGAGAACCAGCAGCAGAGGUACCAGGGUCUGGAGCAGCGACUAGAGGCUGAGCUGAAAGCUGCGGCCAGCAGCAAGGAGGAAGCGCUGAUGGAGCUCAAGAGCAGGGCGCUGAAGCUUGAAGAGGAGCUGCUCCAGCUGCGCCAGGGCCCUGUGGGGCUGACUCCUGAGGGGCACCGUGAGUCACAGACUACAGCGGCCCAGGGCAGCCGGCUCAUCGAGGUGGAGCGCAGUAAUGCAACGUUGGUGGCUGAGAAGGCGGCUCUGCAGGGACAGCUGCAGCACCUGGAGGGGAAGCUGGGGAGCCUGCAGGACCGGGCCCAGGAGCUGCUGCUGCAGAGUCAGCGGGCACAGGAGCACAGUAGCCACCUACAGGCCGAGAAGUCUGUGCUGGAGCUGCAAGGCCAGGAACUGCAUCAGAAGCUGGGGGUGCUGGAGGCAGAGGUUUCCGCAGCACGGCAGGCCCAUGAGGAGGCAAGAGGGCAGCAGCAAGCCCUGCUGCGGGACCACGAGGCCUUGGUACAGCUGCAGCGGCGGCAGGAGGCCGAGCUGGAGGUACUGCUGGGCCGGCACCGUGACCUCAAGGCCAACAUGCGGACAUUGGAGCUGGCCCACAGGGAACUGCAGGGCCGGCAUGAGCAGCUGCAGGCCCAAAGGGCCAAUGUGGAGGCCCAGGAGGUGGCUCUGUUGGCGGAACGUGAGCGCCUGAUGCAGGACGGACACCGGCAACGGGGCAUGGAGGAAGAGCUGCGGAGGCUGCAGAGUGAGCACGACAGGGCUCAGGUGCUGCUGGCGGAGGUGUCUCGGGAACGUGGGGAGCUGCAGGGUGAGCGUGGGGAGCUGAAGGGGCGGCUGGCCAGGCUGGAGCUGGAGAGGGCACAGCUGGAGGUGCAGAGCCAGCAGCUGCGUGAGGCCAACCAGCAGCUGGACCUGAGCGCCUGCCGGCUGGCCACACAAUGUGAGCUGCUGACAGAGCUGCGGAGUGCCCAGGAGGAGGAGAACCGGCAGUUGCUGGCCGAGGUGCAGGCUCUGAGCCGGGAGAACAGGGAGCUGUUGGAGCGCAGUCUGGAGAGCCGGGAUCACCUGCAUCGGGAGCAGCGCGAGUACCUAGACCAGCUUAAUGCUCUUCGCCGUGAGAAGCAGAAGCUGGUAGAAAAGAUCAUGGACCAGUACCGAGUGCUGGAGCCUGGGCCCCUGCCCCGGACCAAGAAGGGCAGCUGGCUGGCAGACAAGGUGAAGAGGCUGAUGCGGCCCUGGCGGGAGGGGGCCCCUCACGGGGGGCCACGCCUGGGGGCCGAUGGGGCUGGCAGCACCGAGAACCUGGGGGGCCCCCCAAAGACGGAGCUCCCUGAGGGCAGGGAAGCAGACGGGACAGGGGUCCCUUCCCCAGCACCCAUGCGUCGGGCGCAGAGCUCCCUCUGCCUGCGAGAGACCCUGGCUGGCGGCGGGCAGCGGCGGAAACUCAGUUCCCGGCUGCCCCCGGGGAGAAGCUCCGAGUCCUUUAGCCCCGGGGACACGCCCCGUCAGAGAUUCCGACAGCGCCGUCCAGGCCCCCUGGGAGCACCUAGCACCCACAGCAAAGGUGUGGAAUGGGAUGGCUCAGCUGAAACCCUCGAGGAACGUGAAGCAGAUGCCGACCGAGAGAGCCUCAAGGAGCAGGAACCGGAGAAACGUCCCCUCACCCCAUCCCUCAGCCAGUGAUGUGGUGGGGACCAUGGGAGUUCAGCUCUCCCGCCGCUGGAGUAUUAGCAGAGGCCCCGGGCAGCUCAAGAGCUCAGGGGACCAGGGC